AUGAAGAAGAAGGGGAAUCAUGGUGAUGGUCACCUCCUCCCUGAUGAUAUUAUUGUGGAAAUUUUAAUACAUGUGCCCGUCAAAACUUUGAUUAUUUGCAGCAGCGUUUCAAGAGGGUGGCGACAUUUAAUAUAUGGCCCUCAGUUCUCCAAAACCCACUUCAAAUUAGCAUCUGAGCAGAAAACCCUUGGUCAGACCCUCCUUCUCUCCACUGGCUUGGUAACUCAAUCCUUUGAGGUCUUGGAAACCAACUUGCUGUCUAGGGUCAAAAAUCUUACCUUCCCAUUCAAGCAAAAAGACCAGGAGGCUAUACAACUUAUUGGACCAUGCAAUGGUUUGGUAUGUGCAGGUCAAUGGUCGUUUUCUAAUAAAAUUUAUAGAAGUUUCUCUAUCUGGAACCCGUCUACUGGAUUUUUCAGCAAUUUACCAGAACACCCGGUUCGGGGAUCAGAGGGAGCUAGGAAUAAAGGGACGACUUAUGAACAAUAUGGUUUUGGUUAUGUUUCGUCAAUCGAUGGUUACAAAGUUGUUAUCAUACGUUUUGUUGAUGCGAUUGCAUCUACUGUUUCUUCUGACAAGCUUUCACGCAAGGCAGCGAUCUUCUCAGUGAGAAACAACUUUUGGAAGACUAUCGAAGCCCCUCCUCACCUGCAAUACUUGCGGCAGAACUCGGGAGCUCUUUUAAAUGAAACACUCCAUUGGGUCGACAUGAACCUUAAUGAUACAACUACUAUCACAGCUUUUGAUUUGGCAAAGGAAGAAUUCCGGUAA